AUGUCAGGUGGUAAAACCAAUGUUUCUAAUGAAAAAAGCGUAAAAAUAUUAUCUAAAAAGAGAGGGAUGGUACAACAAGAACUAUUACCAGCAAGUUCAUUAUGGAGAAAGAAUGUUCUACAUAGUGGUAGAAGAUAUAAAAAGGAACUAAUUGAAAACAUACAUAUCAAUGAUAGAUCAAUCGAACAUAUAUCAACUGCAGUAUCUCACAAUAAAACAAAUCAUGUUGUAUUAUUUGAUACAUCACCCAAAAGAGAUGCAAUUAGAAUAGUAAAGUUAAACAAGGAAGAUAAAAAAACACAAUCUCUUCCACCUACAAAGAACAGCAAUGAUACUAAAUGGAAGAUUGUUGGAGAAGGAAUUCAAGAGAAUGCAAACAGUAUCAAAAGUGCCUCUUGGUAUGAUGGUAUGCUUUUAGCAUCAGGUUUGGAUGGACAGAUAUACAUGUACAACUGCGAUCCACUUUCAACCGGUGGAGAGGUCGACAUUGAACUUCAAGAGACCUAUACGAUUACCAAACUAAAGGGUCUGAGAGAAGGAUCAUUUUCAAUAGGCAGCUGUUCUACAAGUACUUCUAUCAAAGGUGUAUCAAUCAACACAUUAUCACCAUCUACGUUUGCAUGUGUUGAAAAUCAAUCAUUUCACAUUUGGGAUGUUGCCAACCCUGUACAACCAAUCGUAUCGUAUCGUGCAUCAGAUUCUCCAAUGAAAUGUUUAGAUUGGUCAAGACAUAGUAGACAUCACUGUGCUGUUGGUGGAGAUGACAACACGAUCAGAGUACUCGAUCAAAGACAACUAAGUAGUUAUGGUUUGAAAAACAAGUCACCUGUAUCGUGGAGCACUUCUCAGUGCCAAGGAAACAUCAAUUGCGUAUCUUGGCAUCCUUUUGUACCCUAUUGGUUGGCAAGUGCCACUGAUUCUGGUGCAAUUGAAAUAUUUGAUCUUAGAUCAAUUUCAAAACCAGUUGUAUCUUUUUAUGCUCAUAAUGGACCUGUUACAAAUAUUAAUUGGUGUCCAAGUCAUAGUGAAUUGAUGGUUAGUAGUGGAUUUGAUUGUUCAUUUAAUAUGUGGAACAUUUCAAUGCCACCUCAAUAUUUAUUGUACCAAAGAGAUGAAGGUGGACCAUACACCUAUGGCUCCUUUUUCCUUGAAGAUGGAUAUAAUAAUUUCUCUGUUAAUCAAAAUGGUGAUGUAACCUACUCUUCAAUAUCACAAAAGUUUAUGAACCCUUUUAUUCAUUCAAAAUUCCAAGACUCUAAUGAAAUAGCUGAAAAAAGAGUUGAAAGAUUAAUUUACCACAGAGAGUUUGUAAGUGGAUUUGAAAAAGCUAUCAUUUUGGCCAACAAACAUUCUAGAAAUAAUCAAAUAGAAAAAGCACACACUUUAUUAUCCUUGUGUUUCCAAACCACUCUUGAAGAUACUCUUUCCGAUGUUCUUAAAUCAAAUGCACCAAAAGUUGAUAUGAGAAAAGAAUUUAUUAAAAAUAUGGAAUCCUAUUCUUAUUUUAUUCCUCCACUUUAUUAUGAAAAGUUUAAUACCAAAUUAACAACCAGUUUAAUGACAAAGAUAAAGGAUUUAAAAAUUAGUUUGGAUAUCCAAAAACAUAUAAAAAAUUGUAGUGGAGAGGAAUUAUUAGAGAUUGAAAGAGAAAUAUUAAUGACACUUCGUGGGGAUCACCUAUCAAUCAGAUUGGAAACAAUCAUAGACGUGGUUCUCGUUUUGAUGAAUUAUGAUAUUGUAAAAUGUUAUAAUUUUGUCAACCAACUCUCGGAUAUCUUUAAAAACAAACUUAACUUUAUCUCUCCAAUUUUAAGAGUUUUGUUUUAUCCCUCUAUUUUCUCUUCUCCCUCCUCCCCAACUGAUAACCUUCUUGGAUCAUCAAAUGAUUCAUUUCAUUUAUCAUCUUCAACAGAUCUGUUGAUUAAAUCACCUUUAACAAAACCUGGUGGUUCUUCUAUAUCUUCCUCCCCACUACCAACAACAACAAAAGCAUCAAAUCAAAUAUCCCCACCCGAGAGAACAAGGGGCAAUACAACUGUCAGUACAACAUCUCCACCAACUACCACCACCACCAACACAGGACUGAAUCGGUCAAAUGCUUCUAUAGCUUUAAAAGAACCAUCAGAAAUUGAAGAAAGUAAAAUCAAUGAACACUUUGGUACACAUGAAGCAAUCACACAACAAAUCAGCUAUAUGAGAGAUUUUACAAAGAUCCUAAUGUCACCAACACCAGUUUCAGAUGGAAGCAAUGACCAAGAAGAUAUUAUUGACUUUUCUUCAAAGAAUAGGCCACCAAUCGUGGCAUCCAUGUCAUUUAACCGUAUCUAUCUAUCGAUAUUGGCAGAAUCAUUCAUUUACGAUCAGUUCUUUAUCGUAUUAUUGAAUCUUUUGCCCGUGUGCGAUGGAUUUGAAUUCAAUAUGGAAUUGAAUGAACUAUACGAAAUAUUUACACCCGAUUUCCUUGCCUAUAUGAAGGCAAGUCAACAAAGAGACAAAGUAAGACCAUGGGACUCUGAAAGAUUCUCCACCCCACUUCUCACAGCCAUUUCAAUUCUUUCAAAUGUCUUUGUGGCCAAUAUUCCAACCGAUUUCUAUGAAACUCUUUCCUCUUGUAUCCCAAUUUUCAUUCAAGAACUUGAUAAUUGUUUUGUUUCCACCCUACAAUCACCUGAUCCUACUUUAUCAGAUCUAUCUGGUAAACAACAAGUUCAACAGUAUAAAAUCACAAGCUCUAUUUGA